AUGCAGGCGCCCAAGGUCACCUCCCGUCUACACCUCCCGUCUACACCACCCUCUACACCUCCCGUCUCCACCAGCCUCUACACCUCCCGUCUCCACCAACCUCUACACCUCUCGUCUCCACCUCCCGUCUCCACCAACCUCUACACCUCCCGUCUCCACCAGCCUCUACACCUCUCGUCUCCACCAGCCUCUACACCUCCCGUCUCCACCAACCUCUACACCUCUCGUCUCCACCAGCCUCUACACCUCUCGUCUCCACCAACCUCUACACCUCCCGUCUCCACCAGCCUCUACACCUCUCGUCUCCACCAGCCUCUACACCUCCCGUCUCCACCAACCUCUACACCUCUCGUCUCCACCAGCCUCUACACCUCUCGUCUCCACCAGCCUCUACACCUCCCGUCUCCACCAACCUCUACACCUCUCGUCUCCACCAGCCUCUACACCUCCCGUCUCCACCAGCCUCUACACCUCUCGUCUCCACCUCCCGUCUCCACCAACCUCUACACCUCUCCCUCUCCACCUCCCGUCUCCACCAACCUCUCCACCUCCCGUCUCCACCAACCUCUACACCUCCCGUCUCCACCAACCUCUCCACCUCCCGUCUCCACCAACCUCUACACCUCCCGUCUCCACCAACCUCAACACCUCCCGUCUCCACCAACCUCUCCACCUCCCGUCUCCACCAGCCUCUACACCUCCCGUCUCCACCAACCUCUACACCUCCCGUCUCCACCAACCUCUACACCUCCCGUCUCCACCAGCCUCUACACCUCCCGUCUCCACCAACCUCUACACCUCCCGUCUCCACCAACCUCUCCACCUCCCGUCUCCACCAACCUCUCCACCUCCCGUCUCCACCAACCUCUACACCUCCCGUCUCCACCAACCUCUCCACCUCCCGUCUCCACCAACCUCUACACCUCCCGUCUCCACCAGCCUCUACACCUCUCGUCUCCACCAACCUCUACACCUCCCGUCUCCACCAACCUCUACACCUCCCGUCUCCACCAACCUCUCCACCUCCCGUCUCCACCAACCUCUACACCUCCCGUCUCCACCAGCCUCUACACCUCUCGUCUCCACCAACCUCUACACCUCCCGUCUCCACCAGCCUCUACACCUCCCGUCUCCACCAACCUCUACACCUCUCGUCUCCACCAGCCUCUACACCUCCCGUCUCCACCAACCUCUACACCUCCCGUCUCCACCAAGCUACCCAAGACAGGUUAG